AUGAUCAAGCCCAGCCCAAAAGCCGAGAUCAAGACGGCAGACAGUGCCAGUCCCGUGGUCAAUCCAAGUGUCACUGGUGCUUGCGCAUCCCUAUUACGUGACUACAACCUUUCUGAAGAGCAAGUCGCGCUAUACGAGGCCGAGAUGGAACAGUGUGCCGAAGCCUGGUUUGGAGCCGACACGAUGGAACGCAUGAUGCGCCCCGACAAAAAUGAUUCCGAGGGCAUGACGUGA